AUGAGAUCCGAGAGUCGUAAAAUAUCGUUAUCGUCGAAUGGGUCGACAACGACAAAAAACCCGUUUAAACACUUCAUCAACAGGUUUCGGGUUGGAUUGCAUCAGUUUUCAAAAGAGGCUCUGGACAGUGACUCUGUGGAAGAUUUUGAGUCUGUUAACGGAUUAUUUGACAGCGAGGACAGAAAGAAAAGCGAAAUGGAAGAACAGGAACAUCAGGAACAACGUGGGAGUGAAGAAAGAAACAGCAGCACUUCGAUCACUUUGAAUAGGGAGAUAGCUCUUACCGACGAGGAAGACGAUGAAGACGAAAUAGAGCAGGACUCUAAUGACGAAAACGGCUCCGGCUGCACCAGCCGUAGAGAUCAGCAGACUUUUGCAACAUACAAUGCAGUAGAAGAAUGUGUCAAACUGCGAUCAAAGCUUGGAGAGCCGUUUGUGCAGGCAGAUCGCAUUUGGCGUAGACGUCGUGAGCUAUGGUGCCAGACGACCGAAAACGCCGAGUUUGGAGUGGCCGCUAAAAAUCGCAAACGGUUUGAUGAAAUUGCACCACGUCAUUACGUUCGUGUGUAUCGUAAAUUAGUGGUUGACGGGGUACCUCUCAAACGUGCUUUGAACUUGCAGGACGCUAUCAGAAUUAUAAAUGCCGGUUGGGUGGAAACUCAAAAAUGGGAAAGAGCUUCCAAGGGAUUGGCGUGA